AUGGGGUUGGGGAGCGCCCCUGGACUCUGCCUGCUCCUCGUCCUCGUCCACGCUCGCGUCUCUCAGCAAAGUAAAGCCAGCCAAGAUGUGGAUGAAUGUGUGGAAGGCACCGACAACUGCCACAUUGAUGCCAUUUGCCAGAACACUCCCCGAUCCUAUAAGUGCAUCUGCAAGUCUGGCUAUAGUGGAGAUGGGAAACACUGCAAAGAUGUGGAUGAGUGUGAGCGGGAUGACAACGCUGGUUGUGUUCAUGAGUGUGUUAACAUCCCUGGUAACUACCGAUGCACCUGCUAUGAUGGCUUCCACCUGGCGCACGACGGACAUAACUGUCUGGAUGUGGAUGAGUGUGCUGAGGGCAAUGGUGGCUGUCAGCAGAGCUGUGUCAACAUGAUGGGCAGUUACGAGUGCCUCUGUCGAGAUGGCUUCUUCCUCAGUGACAACCAGCACACCUGUAUCCAGCGGCCAGAAGAAGGAAUGAACUGCAUGAACAAAAACCACGGCUGUGCCCAUAUAUGCCGUGAGACACCCAAGGGAGGGAUUGCCUGUGAAUGCCGCCCAGGGUUUGAGCUUACCAAGAACCAGCGAGACUGCAAAUUGACGUGUAACUACGGCAAUGGUGGCUGCCAGCACACAUGCGAUGACACAGAACAGGGGCCCAAGUGUGGCUGCCACGUCAAGUUUGUGCUACACACUGAUGGAAAGACAUGCAUUGGGGAGAGGCGGCUAGAGCAGCACAUCCCCCCCCAGGCCGUUUCUAAUGAGACGUGCGCCGUCAACAACGGUGGAUGUGACAGCAAGUGCCAUGACGCGGCCACCGGUGUCCACUGCAGCUGCCCUGUGGGCUUCAUGUUACAGCCCGACAGAAAGACUUGCAAAGACAUAGACGAGUGCCGCCUGAACAAUGGGGGCUGUGACCACAUAUGUAGAAACACAGUUGGCAGCUUUGAAUGCAGCUGCAAGAAAGGCUACAAGCUUCUCAUUAAUGAGAGGAGCUGCCAGGAUAUUGACGAGUGCUCCUUCGACCGAACCUGUGACCACAUCUGUGUCAACACCCCAGGAAGCUUCCAGUGUUUCUGUCACCGAGGCUACCUGCUCUAUGGGCUCACCCACUGUGGGGAUGUGGACGAAUGCAGCAUUAACCGAGGAGGCUGCCGUUUUGGCUGCAUCAACACCCCUGGGAGCUACCAGUGCACCUGCCCUUCAGGCCAGGGACGCCUGCACUGGAAUGGCAAAGAUUGCACAGAGCUGGUGAAAUGCCAGGGCAGCCUCGGUGCCCCUCGGGCCACGCUCAGCUGUAGCAGGUCAGGCAAAAAGGACACGUGUGCUCUGACCUGCCCCUCCCGGGCUCGAUUUCUGCCAGAAUCAGAGAAUGGCUUUAUGGUGAGCUGCGGCACGCCCAGUCCUCGCUCUUCCCAAUCCAGGAAUGGUAACACCACCAGUACCCACCAUUGCCUCGAAACAGCUGCGCUGUCUGUCAAACAACGAGCUUCCUUCAAGAUUAAAGACGCCAAGUGUCGCCUGCACCUUCGAAACAAGGGCAAGCUGGAGGAGGCAGGCCGAGUCCCAGCAUCAGGUGGGACUCCCUGUUCUGACUGCCACGUCACCUUUAUACACCUCAAGUGUGAUUCAUCCCGUAAGGGGAAAGGACGCCGUGCCCGGACUCCUGGAAAGGAAGUCACCCGUCUCACCCUGGAACUGGAGGCUGAAGUCAAAGCUGAAGAAACCACAGCAAGCUGUGGGCUGCCUUGCCUCCGACAGAGGAUGGAAAGGCGGCUGAAGGGGUCGCUGAAGAUGCUAAGGAAGUCCAUCAAUCAGGAUCGCUUCCUGCUGCGCCUCGCAGGCCUGGAUUAUGAGCUGGCACACAAGCCAGGCCCGGCUGGGGAGCGGGUAGAACAGGCAGAGGCCUGUGUGCCUGGGCAGCAUCGUGCUGGGGUCAAGUGUGUCAGCUGCCCGCAGGGAACGUAUUACCACGGCCAGACGGAGCAGUGUGUGCCAUGCCCACCAGGCACCUUCCAGGAGAGGGAAGGGCAGCUCUCCUGCGACCUGUGCCCUGGGAGUGAUGCCCACGGGCCCCUCGGAGCCACCAACAUCACCACAUGUGCAGGUCAGUGCCCGCCAGGUCAGUACUCAGCAGAUGGGUUCAAACCAUGCCAGCAAUGCCCACGUGGCACCUACCAGCCUGAGUCAGGACGAACACUAUGCUUCCCAUGUGGUGGGGGCCUCACCACCAAGCAUGAAGGGGCUGUCUCCUUCCAAGACUGUGACACCAAAGUCCAGUGUUCCCCUGGCCACUACUAUAACACCAGCAUCCAUCGUUGUAUACGCUGUGCCCUGGGUUCCUACCAACCUGAAUUUCGCCAGAACUUCUGCACCCGUUGCCCAGGAAACACUAGCACUGACUUUGAUGGCUCCACCAGCGUGACCCAGUGUAAAAAUCGCCAUUGUGGUGGGGAGAUAGGUGAGUUCACCGGAUAUAUCGAAUCCCCCAACUACCCUGGCAACUACCCAGCAGGAGUGGAGUGCACCUGGAACAUCAGCCCACCACCUAAGCGAAAGAUCCUCAUUGUUGUGCCGGAAAUUUUUCUGCCCUCCGAGGACGAGUGUGGGGAUGUCCUUGUCAUGCGCAAGAACUCCUCCCCGUCCUCAAUCACCACCUAUGAGACAUGCCAGACCUACGAGCGGCCCAUCGCCUUUACCGCUCGCUCCCGAAAACUCUGGAUUAACUUCAAAACGAGUGAAGCCAACAGUGCCAGGGGCUUCCAGAUACCCUAUGUCACCUAUGAUGAGGACUAUGAGCAAUUGGUAGAGGACAUUGUGCGAGAUGGUCGGCUCUAUGCCUCCGAAAACCACCAAGAGAUUCUGAAGGAUAAGAAGCUCAUCAAGGCCUUCUUUGAAGUGCUAGCCCACCCACAGAACUACUUCAAGUACACAGAGAAGCAUAAGGAGAUGUUACCCCGAUCCUUCAUCAAGCUGCUACGCUCCAAAGUUUCCAGCUUCCUUCGACCUUACAAAUAG